CAGCCCCUGAGUGCUCGUCACGCUGGACCCUGGCGCAGAGCCCUGGCACCACGACUCGGAGGCCGAUUCUCUCUCCUGGAGUCACCCAGGGGAGAUGGAGCCACCUCAGUGUGUGGAGGAGCUGGAGGAUGAUGUAUUCCAACCCGAGGAUGGGGAGCCAGGGACCCAGCCUGGGAGCCUGCUCUCUGCUGAUCUCUUUGCCCAGAGCCAGCUGGAUUGUCCCCUUGGUCGGCUGCACCUCUUCCCUCUCACCCACUGCUGUGGCCCUGGGCUUCGACCCACCAGCCAGGAAGACAAGGCCACUCAGACCCUCAGCCCAUCCUCUCCAAGCCAGGGUGUCAUGCUGCCUUGUGGGGUGACUGAGGAACCCCAGCGACUCUUUUAUGGCAAUGCUGGCUACCGGCUUCCUCUCCCUGCCAGUUUCCCUGCAGGCUUGCCCCUUGAGGAGCAGCCUCCCGAAGGUCAGUGGCAACAUCGAGCAGAGGUACAGAUCGCCCGGAAGCUUCGGUGCAUUGCUGACCAGUUCCACCGGCUUCACAUGCAACAACGCCAACAGAACCAGAAUCGCGCAUGGUGGCAGGUCCUACUCUUCCUGCACAACUUGGGUCUAAAUGGAGGAGAGAACAGAGAAGGGGCAGGUCCCAGGUGAGGCUGGGCUCCCCUCUCCGCACGGGCCAUCAGGAACACAUGCGAUCUGGAGCAGAAGGACCUCCGGGAGGACUGACACUGUCUUGUGAAGUUGA